GCAAAGUGUCUGACUUCGGCCUCUCCCGUUUCCUGGAGGACGACACCUCUGAUCCCACCUACACCAGCGCACUGGGUGGGAAGAUCCCAAUUCGGUGGACAGCACCCGAGGCAAUUCAGUACCGAAAAUUCACAUCGGCCAGUGACGUGUGGAGCUACGGCAUAGUCAUGUGGGAGGUGAUGUCGUACGGCGAGCGGCCUUACUGGGAUAUGACCAACCAAGAUGUGAUAAAUGCUAUCGAGCAGGACUAUCGGCUGCCACCGCCUAUGGAUUGUCCCAAUGCACUGCACCAGCUAAUGCUUGACUGUUGGCAGAAGGAUCGAAACCACAGACCCAAGUUUGGGCAAAUUGUCAACACCUUAGAUAAAAUGAUCCGAAAUCCAAACAGCCUGAAAGCCAUGGCACCUCUCUCCUCUGGGAUGAACCUCCCCCUACUUGACCGCACAAUCCCGGAUUAUACGAGCUUCAACACUGUGGACGAAUGGCUGGAUGCCAUCAAGAUGAGCCAGUACAAGGAGAGCUUUGCCAGUGCUGGUUUCACCACCUUUGACGUAGUAUCUCAGAUGACUGUAGAGGACAUUCUGCGAGUUGGGGUCACUUUAGCAGGACACCAGAAGAAAAUUCUGAACAGUAUCCAGGUGAUGAGAGCACAGAUGAACCAAAUUCAGUCUGUGGAGGUUUGAUAGCUACGUGUCCUCCUACUCCUCUUCCUCGAGGCCCUGCUCCCCUUUGCCCCUGUAUGUCCGAGCUCCAGUUCUUGAGUGUCCUGCGUGGACCAGAGACAGGCAGCUGCGCUGAGGAUCAUGGCACCAGGAAGAAACGCCCUGCCAUCGGUAAUGAGAAGUCGCCAAGAGCUUCUAGAAUUUAAGCAAUGGAAAAAGGGAA